AUGGCUGGCCUAAAUCUUGGAGACGAGGACGACGAACUCGUUUUGGAUGACGAGAUUGCUGGUGGAUCUAACGUUUCAGUUGAACUUUGCUUGGUUGGACGCUUCCUCACCGAUCAACCCAUUAAUUUCAACUUGAUGCGUAGCCGUCUUGCUAGCGUUUGGCGACCGGGCAAAGGUGUCUUUAUGAAGGACAUUGGAAGCGGCAGAUACAUUUUCCAAUUCUUCCACGAAAUCGAUCUUCAACGAGUCUUUGAGGGAGGACCUUGGGCGUUUGGAAAUUUCCCCCUCAUCCUACACAAACUCAAACGGGGGGAAUUUCCGUUGAGUGUCCCACUGGACUAUCUCCCUUUUUGGGUUCAAGUUCAUGAUCUCCCUGCGGGUUUUCUAACUGAAGGAGUGGGGCGUCUGCUCGGAAAUUUCAUUGGAAAGUUCCUUGAAUAUGAUAGCACAAACUCAUCCGGGGUUUGGCGUCAGUAUAUGCGAAUCAGAGUGGGGAUUCGGGUCGAUGAUCCACUCAAGCGGUUCAAAAAGCUCAAGCACAAAGAUGGUUCUUCGUUUACUGUUAAGUUCAAGUACGAGAGGCUAAAUGUUUUCUGUUUCAUGUGUGGCAGAUUAGGUCACUCCGAGAGCUACUGUGAAUUAAUGUUCAAUCAGGCUACAAAGGACAGCCCGCGCGAAUGGGGUGUUCACCUGAAGGCUGCGGACCGACGUACGACGGGCCUUGCCGGCGAUAAGUGGAUUAGAUCUGAUGUUGAUUCAGGAAACCCUAGUUCAAUGGCGGCGGGUCCUAGGGUUUCACAUGAGCAGCCGUUAUCAGAACCGAAAAGGAAGGAGGCGGAAAAUCGGGCCAUAUCUUUCCCUCAUAAGGAUUCCGUUACUCUCCGAGAUCCUAGGCCCCAAUCUUCCCAUCGGUUAGUUUUGCAUGAAAUCAGCAAUGAGGAUUUUCCACGUGACUCAAUGAUUUCAGACGACAGCUCACUGAUCCAUACUGAUGAACGAAAACGAAGACGUGGCAUCUCCAUCAAUGAACACCAAUCUUCUCUAGCGUUGGCGGUUUUCCCCGUGAGACACUCCGAGGAUGCUUCUGACGCCCCUCUUUCACUAUCGGCGGGCUCCGGCUACGGAGUCAGCCGGGAGCAAUGA